AUGUCUGCAAUGAAGAAUCUACCGCCGGAUAUUAUAGAAGCAAUACUGGUACGACUGCCGGCGAAAUCCCUCAGCCGGUUCAAGUCCGUGUCUAAACUUUGGUGUUCGCUAAUUUCCAAUCCCCAAUUCAUCACAACCCAUCUCCAUCUAAACCACCACCCCACAUCCUGUAAAUUGAUUUGCUUUUCCCGUAAUACUAACAAUAAAAAAUGUCUAUGCUCAAUCGAUCUAAAUCUCAACAGCGACGAUGUAUCCGCAAAUGAAGUAAGUUUCUUGCCACCUCCGGUCAUGUGGGAAAUUAUCUGGGGGUCCUGCAACGGGCUCGUUUUAGCCACAGACGAAGAUGAAAGGCUCUAUUUGGUGAAUCCAACCAUAGGCGAGAUCUUCGAACUUCCCAUAUCCCCUUUUGCACUUCCGAUUGAAGAAGGCUAUCAAACCUACGGAUUUGGCAACGAUUCAUCCACGGACGAUUACAAAGUAAUCGCUAUUUCUUUCUCCAACACCGAUAUGUUCGUCAAUGUCUAUAGCUUGAGCAACAAUUCAUGGAGGAAGUUGCCUAAUUCUCCUUAUGGUCAGUCUUAUGUCUGUCUUGUCGGUGGGGUUUCUGUCAACAAGAAUCUUCACUGGUUAAUUGUACGCCCAAACUUCUCAUCAAUGAUUAUUGCGUUUAGUUUAGCAAAAGAGGAAUUCAACGAAAUGAAUUUGCCUGAUUCACUUGGUAACAACCAUCCGUUCAACGUGCUUGUAGUUAUUGGUGGGAAACUUUGUGUUUUUAAUCAGCUGGGUAAGGAUUUGUGGGUGAUGGAGGAGUAUGGGGUUGGUAUGUCUUGGAGUAAGGUUUCCAUCCAUGGGGUCGAUAUAGAUCAUGUGAAACCUAUUUGUUCAGUUGAAGACAACAACCGGGAUAUUGUAUUGGUUGAUGAUGAUAGAGUUGUUAUAUACAACGUGGAUGAGAGAAUAUCCAGAAAUGUAAGAAUCCUUGGGGCUCCAUCUGGAUUCACCAUUAGAGGUAAGCCUAACAGACGAAAAGAAGAGGACUACGGGGGCCCACUAACCGCGUAUGUUAUUAAAGGCUGUCGAGUAUGCGAAUGA